GUGAUUGUAAUGUUCCCAUUAAUGGAGGCGACAACCGUUCGAUUCCCCACUGAUCUUUGCAGCUAAACUGUCUCUCAUUCUUUUUCUCUUUCUUCAUCUCUCCCUCACUCACAGAGACACUGACAUUUCUGGUUGCAGCAACUGUGCUCAUACUUUGAGACCCUCUUCGUAUAUAAUCCCAGACAAACCCUCUCCCCCAAACUAUACUACACAUUGCUAUAUAUCUCUAUUUUCUUUCUGUCUCUCUCUUUCACUAUGGAUUUCCAGACCCCAAAUACUUCUCUUCAUCUAAGCCAACCCAACAACCAUCAUCAUCAGCUGAACUUGGAUCUUGUUCUUGACCAUUUAUCAUCAUCUUCCUCUGCCUUAUCGUCCUCAUCAACUCUCAGUGUUCCGCCUGUAGCGGAUCAAAUAACCCGGCGCGUAUUUUCUUGCAACUAUUGCCAGAGAAAGUUCUUCAGUUGGCAGGCACUCGGAGGCCACCAAAAUGCUCACAAGCUGGAGCGCACGUUAGCCAAGAAAAGCAGGGACCAGCUAAGCUCCGCCAUCGGACCUCAUCACGGUGGCAGCUUGAACCAACGGCCAGGAUCGAGCUCCCCGCCACGUCUUGCCGGAUUAGCACAUGCUGGUAGGUUUGGAGCUCAUAUCAUGAACUGUGGAUAUAGGCCUGCAGAAAAUGUUGAGGAGGAGAUUGGCCACCUUGAUUUGUCUUUAAGGCUUUGAUUUCGUGUUUUCAGAUUAUUAAUGUAAUUUUUUUUUAUUAGUUACCUACCUGCUCGAUCGACUUCAUGUUUUCAACAUAUUGAUUCAAAAUCAAUCAAAUGGGUCAGCUAAAAUGACACUGACCCUUUUUAAUUUCUUUUUAUUUUUGUUUGCUCUAUAAUAUGGCUUAUGUACGUACUGGGAUU